UGGGGCGCGUCACAGGUGGUAGAACCCUUCCAGCAGUGUGUGUGUGUGUGUAUUUUUUGUGUGUUUUUGUUUUCACUCCUUCAGUCUGCCAAACUUGGUCGCGUAUUGUGUGAAGUGUGCUAGUGACAAGAAUGCCGUUCGACAAGAAGCAUUUGCUGCUGCUGCUGGACCGCCCCCGGGAACCGGUGUUCAUGGGCAAGGGUCGCGUUGUGUUCGACGUGCCGGACAACUAUUUGACCGAUCGGUACCGGCCCAUCGGUUCCGAAAUCCAGAACCGCUUCGGCGAGAAUGCGGAGGAGCGCAUCCCGGUGCGCAGUAUCGCGCUGCCCGAUCUUCGCAUACCGAUGUCGCUCGGGCGGCAGGAACAGUUUUCGCUCUUCAUUCCACGCCAUCGGAAAAUUGCCGCACGCUUGAUUGACAUCUUUAUGGGAAUGCGUAAUGUGGAGGAUCUGCAGAGCUGUGCCGUUUUCGCGCGCGACCGCAUCAACCCGUACCUGUUCAACUAUGCGCUCUCCGUUGCGCUGCUGCACCGGAAGGAUACGCACGAUCUCGAUCUGCCCACCAUCAUCGAAGUCUUCCCGGACAAGUACGUCGACUCGAAGGUGUUUUCGCAGAUCCGCGAGGAGGCCACCGUCGUGCCGGAGGGUAUGCGGAUGCCCAUCGUCAUCCCGAAGGACUACACGGCCUCCGAUCUGGACGAGGAGCACCGGCUGUGGUACUUCCGGGAGGACAUUGGGGUGAAUCUGCACCACUGGCACUGGCAUCUGGUGUACCCGUUCGAUGCCUCUAACCGGGCGAUCGUGGACAAGGACCGGCGGGGCGAGCUGUUCUACUACAUGCACCAGCAGCUGGUGGCCCGGUACAACUUCGAGCGGUUCAGCAACCGGUUGCAGCGCGUCAAGCGGCUAAACAACCUGCGCGAACCGAUCAGCGAGGGCUACUUCCCGAAGCUGGACUCCCUGGUGGCUAGCCGGGCCUGGCCAGGCCGGGUCGAUGCGAGCGUGCUGAAGGAUCUGAACCGCGAGGCGGACCAGAUCAAGCAGGACGUGGCCGAUCUGGAGCGCUGGAUCGAUCGCAUUUACGAGGCGAUUCAUCAGGGUUUCGUGGUCGAUGAAUCCGGUAACCGCAUCCCGCUGGACGAGCAGAAGGGAAUCGACCAUCUUGGCAACAUUAUCGAGUCGUCCAUCCUGUCCCCGAACCGGCAGCUAUACGGUGACAUGCACAACAUGGGGCACGUGUUCAUCUCGUACGCCCAUGAUCCGGACCAUCGGCAUCUCGAGUCGUUCGGGGUGAUGGGCGACGUGGCGACGGCCAUGCGCGAUCCGGUGUUUUACCGCUGGCACUCGUACAUCGACGAUAUCUUCCAGGAGCACAAGAACAAGCUGCCACCGUACACCCGCUCCCAGCUGACGUUCGACGGGAUCUCCAUCACCGGCAUUACCGUGCAGCCCGAGGACGGUCCGCCCAACACGUUCCAGACGUUCUGGCAGCAGUCGGACGUGGAUUUGUCGCGCGGCAUGGACUUUGUACCGAGGGGCAACGUGUUUGCAAGGUUCACCCAUCUGCAACACUCCCCGUUCGUGACCACCAUCAUGAUCGAGAACGAUUCCGAUGCCCAGCGGAUGGCGUUUGUGCGCGUAUUUCUCGCACCGAAAAACGACGAACGCGGCACACCGAUGGUGUUCCGCGACCAGCGACUGUUCAUGAUAGAGCUAGACAAGUUCCUGGUAGCCUUACGCCCCGGUGCGAACCGGAUUCGACGUCGUUCGAAGGAAUCCACCGUCACAAUUCCGUUCGAGCGCACGUUCCGCAACCUGGACCAGAACCGACCGGAAGCGGAUACGCCCCAGGAGGCUGAGUUCAACUUCUGCGGCUGUGGCUGGCCAGCGCACAUGCUCAUACCGAAGGGGCUGCCGGAAGGAUUGCCCGCCGACCUGUUUAUCAUGGUGUCGAACUAUGAGGAGGAUCGCGUGGUGCAGGAUCUGGUCGGCACGUGCAACGAUGCUGCGUCGUACUGUGGGGUGCGCGAUCGACUCUACCCGGAUCGGAAGGCGAUGGGCUAUCCGUUUGAUCGGGCCGCACGCAGUGGGGUGGACAGUUUGGCCAACUUCCUGACACCCAACAUGGCGGUCCAGUCGAUCACGGUAGUGCACAACGAUCGCACUGUGAACAGAACGGGCUAGAUUGGUACCAGCCCACGCAGGAGGGUAUCCUUAUGCUUUAACUCCGCACAGAAUUGGUUCGAUUUACGCAUUCCUUUCGAUUACUUUUAUUUUCUUUUUGCUCUAAUAACAUUUUACCAACGAUAAUAUGUGUUAGAAUGUAGUGUAUGCCUCUGUUGUCCACUCUUGGUGGGCAUACAAUGUACUCUUCGUCGUAACAAAUGAUUGAUGCUGAAUAAAUCUGCUAAUAUGCUAAUAGCCAAUAA